AUGUCCAGAAAAGGUAUCACAUUCAAUGGUGAGACGUUCGCCGUCCCGGAAACCCAUGAUAUGGUCAAGACGCUUUUCGACCCUACCGUCAGAAAGUCCAUGUUCGAAAGCGUGAUCAUUGUGUUGUUGGUGGCCAAUUCGCUCGUGUUCUACUUCGUUGCAGACUCGGUUUUACGUAUUCGUAUAUUUGUAGGUAUGUACAUCUUCUGGAGGUUGUGCUACAACUUCGGUAUUGGCUACCUUCUCAACCAACAGAGUAAUCGUUUCCGGUUGGUGGAAUGGAGCAAGAAACUCAACUUGUUCGCCAAGGACCAGACGUCGUUCGUUGGUCAAUUGGUGCAGACCGAGGUGCAGACCCAAAUGGGCUCUGAAUACAAGAUCAACAAGCACCCGGUGGAUUUCAACACCUGGUUGAUUUUCCGCAAAGUGGUCGACUUGAUUUUGAUGCAAGAUUUCACCACUUUUGUCUGUUUGUUUGUGGCUUGUUGCAUCUAUGACGACAACCAGUUUAUCCAUGGUCAACCACAGUGGCUCACGGCCGCCCGUAUGAUUAUCGGUGUAUCCUUGAUUGUCUUCAACUUUUGGGUUAAAGUCAAUGCUCACAAUACCAUCAAGGAUUACGCAUGGUACUGGGGAGACUUUUUCUUUAGACAAAUCAACAAUGAAGACUUGAUCUUCGAUGGUGUCUUCGAGAUGUUCCCUCAUCCAAUGUACUCUGUGGGAUAUAUCGGUUACUACGGUUUUGCCAUGAUCGCCAAGUCCUACACGGUCUUGGUGUGUGCCGUGUUUGGCCACUUCUUGCAGAUGGUCUUCUUGCACUACAUUGAGAACCCUCACAUUGAUAAGAUUUACGGUCCUGAUGCUUACCAGAACAGUCUUUUGGAGGUCGUCAAACUCAAGGAUUUGACCAACUUUGACAACUCUAGACCCUUGGUUGGAUUAACCAACUUCAACGUUUGGAGAGCCAGUGAUUUCAUUAACUUGGUCAACGUCUUCACCUACGCUGUAUUGAUUCCCUCAUUGGCUUCUAUUGCUGGAAGCAAUGUCGAGGCUGUGGGCAAGAUCUUAUUCUAUCUCACUGUCAUGAUUAAAGCAGUAGAGUGCGUUUCCAUCAAUGCCUUGCUUGGCUUACAGAGUAAGUACAAGUUGUACACUAGAUGGUUCCUCUCCAACAAUAUUCCAAUUGCCAAGUCUCUCAACAAUUUCGCCGUCAUGUACAACUCCAUGAUUAAUUUGACUUACGCCUCCUUCUUCGGCAUGAACUUGUACAGGGUAACGAAUUGGCACUUCACUUCUGAUCUAUUCAUUACAUCUCACUUCUUUUUGCGGUUGUUUCUUGGAUUGGUGUUAAUUUUGACCCAGGUUUGGAUCAAUGCCUCAAUCAUUGACUCGAUCGGAUACUUCGGUUGGUUUUACGGAGAUUUCUUCCUCCCAAAAUCAACAUUCAUGCCUCAAAGAGCUCACUUGACUAAAGCUGGUAUCUACAGAUACUUGAACAACCCCGAACAGAUAUUCAGUGCAUGUGGUGUCAUGGGUGCCACUUUGAUUAUUCCAACUUACGAGAACAUUGUUCUUUGUGUGUUCUGGGUGCUUGGAAACUUCAUUAGAAUCAAUUUCAUCGAGAAGAGCCAUAUGAUCAAAAUCUAUGGCGAGCUGGAGGUAUUCCAAGAUUCUGGUGUGACCAAGACUGUUAAGAAGCAUUUGCUCCCUGAUCUGAUUCUGAGAAAAUUCACUGUUAGCGACUCUUCGCGCAAAAGAACCACUUCUAUGUUCAUGGAUUCUUUCGACUCGUUCGUAAAGGACUUGAGAACGAAGAACGAUAAUACUUCUAGCGGCUUGUCGAAAGAGGACUGGGCACAAAUGUCUCAAAGCAAAUUUUUCUUGAACAGCGAGUACCACUUGGAAGUCAAAAACUUGCAAGGCACCGAGAGUCAAGUUCCAUUCUCCCACGUUGGAGAUGUUUUGGAGGUGAGCUUUUCUGCUCCAAAGGAACACUCCUCCAAGGAUUGGAUUGGUCUUUACAAGGUUGCACAAACCUCGUUCUCCAGAUACAAGACUCUCAUCUCGUCCAACAACCGUUGGGUUUACACUGGUGAGACAUCGUCUGAUGUUGUCAAGUUCUCCGGCGACCGUCUCUUUUGGGAAGACGGUGUUUACGAGUUCAGAUACCACAUUGACGGGAAGCACGAUGUUGCAUAUGUGAGUGAACCAUUUGAGAUUAAAUGCCCAGUUAUCGAGGUUCCUUGUGAUGAGGGAUACGCCGCCGAGUUGGCUGACGAUUUGCGCAAGAAUAUCCUCAACAAGGUUGUAGAUGGUGUCAACGACAACAAUACACCAAUCUACGAGGGCGUGCUGAAGAGCAGCAAUAUCUUGGAGUCGUACACCCGAAUCGCGCGUUUGAUCUCCCGUUGCACUGGUCUCAAUGUCAACAAAAGAUUUUUAAUUUACAACGACAAUGAGUCCAGCAACAAGUUCACGGCCGAGCAAUUGGCAAUUAAGUUGAUUCAUAUUCAAAACGCCUUGGAUGAGUUACAAGAGGAUGACCUUCAGGCCAAAAAAGAGCAGUAG